AUGGAAUCGAGCGCGGGCGCCGAAUUGAAGCAACCAACUGUACCAAAACAAUGUGCUGCACCUCCGCGUACGGGAAAGUCACUUUAUGAUACUGAAACGACGACUGGGAAUGUCAAUUUGGGAGGAGAAAAAGAUGUUACGAGAGACGCCGACAGCUGCGGCGCCAGGAGCGCGUCUCAGAUUCCGGUAGGAUUUACCGACAAGGAUGGCGAAAAUAGAAGAGAUGAGAACGAAUAUGAUCUCGAGAAAGCCGAAGAUGACGAAUCAAGCACUUCGGACCCAGAAGAGGAGUCUCGUCGCUCCACUCUUCCCAGGUGGCGCAAAAACGUCAUUCUAUUUAUCGUAAGCUGGAUGACGCUUGCAAUCACAUUCUCCAGCACGUCGUUGCUGGCCGCCACGCCUGAGAUUGCCUCCGAAUACGGCACAACACCAGAAAUUAUCAAUAUCACAAACGCCGGCGUUUUGUUAGCUAUGGGAAUAUCGUCCUUGAUCUGGAAUCCUAUCAGUGACAUGAUAGGCCGGAGACAUUCGUACAAUGCAGCAAUUUUUAUGUUCUGUGUGUGUACGGUGGGAACGGCUGUGGCACCGAAUAUGAGAACAUUUACGGCUUUGAGAGUCGUUGUUGGCUUGACGGGAACCUAUUUUAUGGUGGCAGGCCAGACAAUUUUGGCAGAUAUAUUUGAACCAACGGAACGCGGGACUGCAGUUGGAUUUUUUAUGGCCGGUUCUGUAAGCGGCCCAGCUAUAGGCCCUUGCAUUGGAGGAAUCAUUGUGACCUUCGCCAGCUGGCGAAUAAUAUACUGGGUUCAGACUGGCAUGGCAGCAUUAGGCCUUGUCUUAUCGCUUCUUCUUGUCCCGCACAUUCAAUCGGCUGGAAAAUCCAAAGAUGAUCCAAAUGCGCAGGAAAAGAGGACCGUCCUUAAGCAGCUCGCAAGGUUCAACCCGGCGCCGGUGUUCAAGCAGAUGGUUUAUCCUCACGUCUUUCUCGCUGACCUUACUUGUGGCUUCCUCGCAUUCUACCAAUAUGCAUUGUUGACCUCGGUUCGAUCAAUCAUCAAUCCCCGCUUUCAUCUUACUUCUCCUCUUGUUAGCGGACUCUUCUAUCUCGCCCCCGGUGCCGGCUUUCUUGUUGGAAGCAUUCUGGGUGGGCGGUUUUCAGACCGAACGGUCAAGCGAUAUAUCAAGAAGAGAAACGGCGUCCGCCUGCCGCAGGACAGGCUCAACAGUGGCCUGCUGACUUUAUUUUUCGUACUCCCGGCAGCAUCCUUGAUAUAUGGGUGGACCUUGCAAAAAGAGGUUGGUGGUAUUGCUCUGCCAAUAAUUUGCGCAUUCUUUGGUGGAGCCGGAUUGAUGGGGUCAUUCAACGGAUUGAAUACUUAUACAGCUGAGGUGAUUCCACGGAAGAGAUCCGAGGUUAUUACCAGUAAAUACAUUGUGCAAUAUAUUUUUGGAGCAGGCGCUAGUGCUGCGGUUGUACCUUUGAUCAAAGCUGUUGGCGUUGGACUGACCUUUACCAUCACGGUAAUACUUGUGCUAGCAGGCGGAAUUCAGGUCUGGGCUCUCGCGAGACGCGGUCUUGACAUUGAGCGGUGGACGGAGAAUGUUCUUGGCCUCAAGCUCGAGAAAUAA